AUAACAGUUUUUGUUUGUGUUAUUUUAUUUAAAUAUUGUUUAUUAUUUGCGUUUAUACUUUGUUUAUUCAAUAGUAAAACGCUAAAUAAUUUUCUACCGUUUUAUUGCAUGUGCGUGUGGUGGAAAUCAAAAUGAAAACAGAAUAAUCGGACCUAACCAGUGGCCGUGCAGUAUGUGUGUAUGUAUAUGUAACGUAUUGUGAACCAGACCAUAGCACGCCGAAACUGGGUACAUGAUAAGCGCCGGGAGAUGUCAUAACGGUCGUGGUGUGAUGUCAAAGGAGUGUCGGAUCAACGGCGGCAGUGGAGGCUACGUUAACCACUGUGAACAAGCGCUUGAUGACAAAAGUGAAAUGGUUAUGGCGGUAGCAUCAAAGAUUCCAUCCACUGCCGAUCAGAAGAAAUCGGCUAACACCAGAGUAUACUUAUCGAGUGACGACACCGAGCUGGGCAGCCUUAAAGACUUUGCACUUAGUAACCUUGAUUUGAUUAACGAAUUAAAAGAACUCUUGAUUGAAAAGGACAAAAAGAUUUUACAUUUGUCCAACGAAGUGACUUAUCUUAAAAAUAAGCUGGAUGAGGCUAAUCAACAAUUAGCGGAAAUAACAGCUAGAACAGAUUCUCUGGACGUGAUGCCUUUUACCCCAGUAUCAUCAACAUGCUCAUCAGGUAUCGGCGAUUUAAGUUCAGCUGAAUUACAGGAUCAAGAUGCCAAAACAAAAAAACAACGUAGGACUCGUAGAAUAUCUACUAAACGUUCAAAUGCAGAAGCAAUAGAUCCAAUUUCAUCAAAAAAACCAAAACAGCGUGUGCGAACUAAAUCAGGCGAUACCGGAAAACUGCAAGAGCUAUCAUUAAUCACAUCAGAUAAGGCCUACUACACUUGUUUAGGAAAUUAUGAUCCCGUUAAAGAAGAACCAUUACCAGAUAAUAGUGACACUAACUUAGAAAUACCAAGUUGGAGAGUCAAACACUAUACUAGUUGGUAUUCGAUGGAAGGCACUGAAAAUAUGUCCGAUGACGUUUUCGAAAGCCGUCAUUCAAGACUUGAGCUUUGGGAGCGAAAACGAAAAAGAUGGGAUAUGCAACGACUCAGGGAAUUGAGGAGAAUAGAAUAUUUAAAAGAAGGACGUAAUAAACACCAUUCUCAAAAUUCAAGUGAUGGAGAAAAAGAAGAAUUAUCAACACUUCUACCAGAUCCAGCCAAUAUAAAAGCAAUUGAAAUCACAGAUUGCCUGCCAAUUUCUGCGUUUGGGUGUAAUUUGCAUAUAAAAAAGAAACCAGAAUUAUUUAAGUUUUGUCACAGUCGUUGGUGUAAUGACGGUUCUCAAGAAUCUAAAGAACCUAACGGAAGAGGACUUCGCUCCUCAGGGCGUAAUCAACAUUUUGACAAUUUAUAAGUUUUUCCUGACAUAAAUAGUUUUGAUGAGAUCUGGCAUCUCAUGUUUGAUAUAAUAAUGUUUAUGAAAUGUAUAUUUUAUUUGAUGGUAUAAAUUUGAAUUGUACACAAAUUAUAAUUUGAAAGUUAACAAUUAACAAACUAAUUUCUAUUGUGAUAUUUAUCUAGUAUUUAGUAUUUGAAAUACUAAAAUCGUAAAACUUUUACUAUUAUUUUUAUUAUUAUUAUUAUUAUUUUUUGUAUAAUUAUUUUACCAACUACAUUGCAUUAGUAGAAAUGUUUAUUAUCAUUCUUGUAUAUUAUGUUUGUGAUUGAAUAACAAUUAUUAUAAACCCUGCUAAAGUCCUACAAAAAUUUGUUUUCUCUUGUUGGACAGUCGCAUUGCGCUUAUGACAAAACAUGUACUAUUUUGAUGGAGCGAACGGAUUACAUUUAUUACAAGUUAUUAUCA